AUGGCUGAAGGACAACAACGUCUUGGCUCAGUCAUCCAAAAGGUGAUUACCAUCCCCGCUGCGAUGCAGAGGGUUGCGAACCCUUUACCUCGAAUCCACCAUCCCGACUGGUUACACAGGCGUGUUGCCAACGCCGUGGACAAAUUCAAGCAGAACAAACUAACAGACUUUUUUAAACCCGCUGGCGUUCUAGAUGGCUCUGGAGAACAUAUCCAUGAUAUUGAAGAUGACACUGGUACUUCCCAGGUGCCUCCUCGCACCGGUUGA